AUGGCCGUGUACGGGGUCCGCAUCACCAUGGGGGACUUCCUGGGGGUGGGGACCUGGGACCACAUUUCCAUCAGCCUGGUGGGGAGCGAGGGGGAGAGUCCCCACCUCCGCUUGGAUGCCUGCGGGAAGGACUUCUCUCAGGGAGCGGAGGAAGAGUUCACCAUCCGCUGCCCGGAGCCCGUGGGUUCGCUCUUGUUUCUACGUCUGCACAAGGCGCCCCUGGCGUUGCCCUCGCCCCUGCCCCUGGCCCCCGAUGCCUGGUUCUGCUGCUCCGUGAGCCUCACGCCCCCCGAGGGUCCCCCCCUAGACUUCCCCUGCUACCAGUGGCUGGAAGGGGCCUGCACCCUGGCACUGAGAGAGGGCACAGCCAAACUCAUCUCGGCCGACUCCCUCCCUGUGCUCCUGGAGCAGAGGCAGGAAGAACUGCGGGAGCGGCAGAAGAAAUUUCGGUGGACUGACUACUAUCCAGGGAAUCCCCGCUGCCUGGACGCUAAGACUCCCAAGGACCUGGACCUCAACCUCAAAUACUCCAUCUCAAAGGACAAGGACUUCAAACUCCAGACCAUCCCAGCGUACGUGCAGCUGCAGCUGAAGGAGUUACUCAACCACCAGGGACCUUGGGAGAAACUAGAAGACGUCAGCCGCAUCUUCAUCUUCAAGAAGACUCCCAUGUCAGAGUAUGUGGCAGAGCACUGGAAGGAAGACGAGUUCUUCACCUGGCAGUUCCUGAACGGCCUCAAUCCCAUCCUGAUCCGGAGAUGCAGUCAGCUCCCCCCCUACUUGCCCGUCACGGACGCCAUGGUGGCCCCAUUCCUGGGUGGGGGGACCAGCCUGGCCGCUGAACUGGAAAAAGGCACCAUCUUCCUGGUGGAUUACCGGAUCCUCGAAGGGAUCCCCACGGGGCAGAUCAACGGACGGCAACAGUACUCUGCAGCCCCCCUUUGCCUCCUGCACCAAGCCCCCGGACACCCACUCCGCCCUCUUGCCAUCCAGCUCAGCCAGACCCCCGGGCCCGACAGCCCCAUCUUCCUGCCCAGCGACUCGGAGUGGGACUGGCUCCUGGCCAAAACGUGGGUGCGCAACUCGGAGUUACUCAUCCACGAGAUGGUCACACACCUGCUGAAAACUCACUUUAUAGUGGAAAGCUUCGCCCUGGCCACUCUACGCCAGCUGCCCCUCUGUCAUCCCAUUUUCAAACUCCUCAUCCCUCACAUCCAGUACACUUUCCACAUCAACAUCCUUGGCCGCAGUGGACUCUUCUUCCCCGGGGGCCUCAUAGACAAGUCGACCUCGUUGGGCCGUGAGGGCUCCCUGCAGCUGAGCGCCAAGGAGCUGGCGACGCUGACCUACCGGUCCUUCUGCCUGCCGGACGACCUGCGUGACCGCGGGGUCUACGGGCUGCAGGGCUACUACUAUCGGGAUGACGGCCUCAAGCUCUGGGGCGCCAUAGAGAGUUUCGCCUCGGAAAUUGUGGACCUGUAUUACCCGGAUGAUGGAGUCGUCCGGGGAGACUCGGAGCUGCAGACCUGGGUCCGGGAGAUCUUCACGGAGGGCCUCCUGGGCCGGGACAGCUCAGGCUUUCCCUCAUCCCUGGAGACCCGGGCUGCCCUGCUGCGCUUCCUCACGGUGAUCAUCUUCACCUGCUCUGCCCAGCAUGCCGCCGUCAACAGCGGACAGUUUGACUUCAGCGCCUGGAUGCCCAACGUGCCCGCCUCCAUGCGGCUGCCCCCGCCCACGGCCAAGGGCUGCACUCCUGAGGACUUUGCCCUCUCCCUGCCUGAUGUCAACGCCUCCUGCCACGCCCUGGCACUCUUCUGGGGAGUCAGCGAUGCCAGCCGUGAUACGAAGCCCCUGGGCAGCUUCCCAGAUGCACAUUUCACAGAGGAGGCCCCUCGGCGGAGCCAGGAGGCAUUCGCGGCGCGUCUGGCGGAGAUCUCCCGCCAGAUCCGGGAGCGCAACGCCCGCCUGCCUCUGCCCUACACCUACCUCGACCCCGCCAACAUCGAAAACAGCGUCGCCAUCUGACCCUCCACCCUCAUUUGCACGCCUUGCCCCCCCCCAUGCCCCUGCUCCUUACUGAUCUUCUCCAGAACAA